UCGUAUUCGAAUUCAGAUUUGCAGCUAUGCUAGACGUCCUAGCAUAUGUCCCUAGGGACCCAUUCCAGCAGCUGACUUUGUCUCUGUGUGUUCUUGGACUCUUCUUUGCGACUAUCUUCAUCUUUACUCUCAAGCCGAGAAAUAAGGCAGAGCCAGCCCCAAGCAGCAUAGAAGCGUACCUGAAGUUCAUUUAUGGGUGCUUCUUGAAGCCUCAUACAGGUGAUGGCACUGGAAGCCAGCAAGAUGCUCUGGAGAGUUUCUACAAAGCGCAAGCCGGCGUCUACGAUGCCACUCGGGUUCAGCUCCUCCGAGGUCGCGAAGACAUGCUGGGUUUGGUCGCAGCACAGUUGAAGCACCGUGCUGAGGCUGGGCUGAUUCCUCAGCGCCCAGUCUGGGUCGAUAUUGGUGGCGGUACUGGCUGGAAUGUAGAGCAGAUGAACAACUUCAUCUCGGUCCCGGAAUUCUUCCGCGCAGUUUACAUUGUCGAUCUCUCCCCAAGUCUGUGCGAGAUGGCGCGCAAACGCUUUGCUCGCCUCGGCUGGACGAACGUCAAAGUAAUCUGUCAAGAUGCACGCGCCUUCCGUCUUCACGAGCACGAAGCGCAAGCUUAUGAGCGUAAGGAAUACAAGGUCCAAGGACAGACUGUGCGCGACCUGGAUGAGAAUGCGGACGCUGGUGGAGCCGAGCUUGUCACCAUGAGCUAUGCGCUCUCCAUGAUCCCCGAGUUCUAUCCUGUGAUCGACUCGAUCGAUAGCCUGUUGAGCCCCAAUGGCAUUGCGGGUGUUGUAGACUUCUAUGUCCAGAAUCAGAUCGACUUCAGAGGUCGAAACUACAUCGGUGGCGCAAUCGAUCGCCACUGCAUGUGGCUUUCCAGAGUAUUUUGGCGAACAUGGUUCGAGAUCGACCGCGUCAAUCUUGAGGCUGCAAGAAGGGACUACCUUGAGUACCGCUUUGGUACAGUUCUCAGCAUCAACGCCCGCAACAACUUCUUCGGUACUGGCAUCAAGCUCCCCUAUUAUAUCUGGAUCGGUUGCCCCAAGGACAGCGGCACAUCAACACAGAAGCUCGCUGAGAUUGAUGCUGCCGCCACAGAAUCACCAUACCUCUCCGCUCUUGACCUCCAGACUGGCGCUACACAGACCGAUGUCGAGAUCCGUUCGAAAGCAUACGAGUCUGCGAUUGUGAAUCUGCAAUCAUCGCUUCCUCUACCCGCCACUUGGUAUCAGAACCACCACUGGCGUAUUCACUACGACUCCACACUUCUCAAGCAUGCCCGUUUCAACAACUCGUACAUCUAUGCUUUCACCUGGGAAGACGAUGUUGCAGAUCACCGCAUCCUGAAGCCCACUGUAAACGAUGUCAUCCUUGCCAUUGGAUCCGCAGGCGACAACAUCCUAUCUUUCUGUCUUGCUAAUCCACGCCGAGUACACGCUGUCGACCUGAACCCCUCGCAAAACCAUCUCCUCGAACUUAAGGUCGCUGCCUUCACCGCUCUCGGCUACCAGGAUGUCUGGAAGCUUUUCGGCGAAGGCAAGCACGGCGAUUUCAAGGACAUCCUAAUCCAGAAACUCAGCCCUCACCUCUCCAGCGAAGCCUUCCAAUUCUGGCUGCACAACGGCCCCUCCGUCUUUUCCACAACCUCAAAGGGUCUUUACUACUCCGGCGGCUCGGGCAAUGCCCUCGCAAUGGGAGGCUGGCUGUUCCGCCUCCUCGGCAUGUCCUCCGACGUGAAGAAACUCUGCGCCGCACAAACCCUCAACGAACAACGCGAAAUCUGGCAACGCAGCAUCAAAACCGUCCUGCAUUCCAAAGUCCUCACAUACUGCAUCCUCGGCAACGAAAAAUGGCUCUGGAAAGCGCUCGGCGUGCCGCCUGCGCAACGCGCUGUCAUCGAAGCAGACUUCGUCAAGACAGCCGACUUCUCCGAGACUAAGAUGAAGAAAGAUUCGGGUGAGGAGUAUAUGGCGUUCCAUGAAGAGCCGAGCGAUGAGGCGCUGAAGAGCAGCUCCGGGAACGCAAUUUAUGAGUAUGUUCUGAAUACGUUUGAGCCGGUUAUCAACACCACGCUGCUCAGCACGCAGAACCACUACUACCUCCUCACGCUCCUCGGACACUACACGCCCACCUCCCAUCCCACAUAUCUGAGCCCGAAGAGCCAUGUUAGGCUCAGCAAACCAAACGCGUUUAGCGGUCUGCGCAUCCAUACCGACGAGAUCAGCGAGGUUAUUGCGCGCAUGCGUCCGUCUACGCUCACGAUCGUCGUGGUGAUGGAUAGUAUGGAUUGGUUCCCGCCGACGGGACAGCAGGCUGUCAAGCAGAUCCGUGCACUGAACAGGGCGUUGAAGGUCAAGGGUCGGGUUAUGUUGAGGAGUGCGGGACUGGAGCCGUGGUAUCUGAAGGUGUUUGGGGAGAAUGGGUUUAGUUGCAAGAGGGUUGCUGUCAGGGUACCGGGCAGCUGUAUUGAUCGUGUGAACAUGUACGCGUCGACAUGGAUCUGUACGAAAGAGGUUGGUCUUGAGCAGGAGGAUAUCAAGACACGGUUGAGACAGACCAGCCUGGCGGAGUUGAAGCUCGAAGGGCCAGCUAUGCAUAUGGAAGAGUAG